AACCCCUGGCUGGGUGAGACCACAAGAUGUCGGUCCAAUCUGAAUGAUGGGAAUGGAAAAUGAGUCAAGGACCUGAAAGCUUUGCUGGAAAAGAAGACAUGCAUGUCGAUUAUAAUCCUCGCAUUGUUGAAGAGCUGUUCAGAAAGACAGGAAUACUAUUCAAGCUAACCACCACUCGUAAAGGGAUCAUCCUUACCGUGCGACAAGUGAAGGGGCACGAUGACAUGUACUCUCCAUCUCAGAAGAUCAGUAUGAAUGAUGUGCUGUAUAAGAUUCACGAUCAGGACGUCUGCUCUUUGACGCAUUCACGCCUUGGAGAACUGUUGGACCCCUCAAAGCACGACUCUAUCAGGCUCAAGUUCAUCAGCACCAUUCAGAAAAACUACGAUGUUUUUGUCAUCCUGGGCUCGACUUUUGAUCUCCAGGAGCAUCAACUUGAAAUUUCUUGCAGCGACUCAACAACAAGAGAUGAAAACAACCGCCUUGUCUCCAUACCCGAGGGGAAAAUUCGCGGUUAUAACCAUAGUGGGAUGGACUUUACCUCUGUGGUCAGCAAAAGACCUUCGUCGAGGUCCAACUCCUCCUCAUCUAUGUCGCCAACGUCCUUGUACCAAGAGAAUAGGAAACUGUCGAAAAACCUUCGGAACAUGAUGUUGUUGUACAAACUGACUAUGGAAGAAACAUACGAAGCCAGGAGAAAUGAAGAAGAGGCUCGGUCACGAGCCCGUCUGCUUGAGAAGAGGGUUCGAGCGAGUGAAGCGAGACUGGCUACAGUGAAGGGGGAACUUGAAAAUCUACACUCACGCAGAUCGCAGCAAAGUUCUCCUCGUCUAUGUUCGAAUGACUUUGAAGGACAAGCUUAUUUCAGCCCCGAAAACUCCUUGGUUCCGCGUCUUGAAGUCAUGACAGCAUUGGACAUCGAAUCG